GAAGCUGGACCAGCAAGAACAGCUUUGAACCGGUUUUUUCGCCGGCUACAAAGCCAUGUAAAAAGGAUACAGUAUGCGCAUUGUUGAUGCAGGGUGCAGUGUUUCCACACAGGCAGGAUCCAGCUCCGAAGGGGCCGGCAUUCACAUGCGAUGCUCUGAUGUUUAGGGUGUUUAUGUCGAUUUUGCAGCAAGGUUUAUUUUCGGGAAACCAUCCUGCAUGGUAACUCCCCGCAGGCAGGUGCGCACUUCUGCAGGCGCCUGCUGCUGCUGCUGCUGCUGUUGUUGUAGUUACUGAGGAAUCUCUGCUGUAUUAAACAGGACACCACUAGCACCAUGAACUCCUCUACCAAAGCACUGGACGGAGGCUGGGGAUGGGUGAUUGUUGUGGCUGCCUUCAUGGCCCAGUUCCUAGCCUAUGGUGCACCCCAGUCUGUGGGUGUCCUCUACCCUGAGUGGCUGCAGGCUUUCCAGGAGGGAAAGGGCAUGACAGCCUGGGUGGGCUCCCUGGUCUCUGGAGUUGGCCUAGUAGCCAGUCCUGUCUGCAGUGCCUGUGUAGACAAUUUUGGGGAGCGUCCUGUGACCAUCUUCAGCGGUGUUAUGGUGGCAGGUGGCCUGAUGCUCAGUGCCUUUGCUCCUAAUGUCCAGUUCCUCAUGUUUUCCUAUGGGAUUGUCGUUGGCUUGGGGUGUGGUCUGGUCUAUGUUGCCACUCUGACCAUCACCUGUAAGUACUUCGACAAGAGACGUGGCCUGGCCCUCGGCAUUGUCACCACAGGCACAAGUGUGGGAGCGUUUGUCUAUGCCACCGCUCAGAAGGAGCUGAUUGUGCUGUUUGGCCUGGACGGCUGCCUGCUGAUCAUCGGUGCCCUAGCGCUAAACCUCAUAGCCUGCGCUGGCUUCAUGAGGCCCCUCAACAUGCCAGGAUACUACCUCAAACAGAAGGCUGCCCUGGAACGCCACACGGAGGAGCAGCUUUUUGAGAAACCCCCGGUCGACGACUUGAAGGUCACACCAGGUUCCACCACCACAACGCCAGACAAAACUCUGAUGGUGAAGGAGUUGCUCAUCACUAUUGAUGCCAAGGACCUGGCCAUCCAGACAGAGAAGAAGAGGAGCAGCUUCCUCUCUGGCUUAGCCAUUGUGAAAGUCAUCAAGAAGAAGCAGCAGGCAUAUGCCAAGUACAUGCACUCCAUGGCAGACAUCAUGCAGGACCAAGCAAUGGUGGCCUUCUGCAUUGCUGUCUUCCUGUUCAGCCUGGGGGCGUUUCCUCCUGUGCUCUUCAUGGAGGAUGUGGCGCAGAGCCAGGGCCUGAUUGAAGAAGUUAGCUUCAUUCCUCUGGUAUCAAUCGUGGCCAUCACCACCGGAGUGGGCAAGCUAGUGCUGGGUGUCCUGGCAGACAUCCGGUGGAUCAACAGCAUCUAUCUGUAUGCCUUCACCCUGUUUGCAGCAGGAGUGGCACUGCUUCUCAUCCCUGUUACUAAGACUUACGUUGGACUGCAGAUCCUCUCUGCCAUCGUGGGCUUCUUCUCCGGGAACUGGUCUCUCACCUCCUACAUCACCACCAAAAUCGUUGGCCUGGACAGACUGACCCAAGCCCAUGGCAUCCUCAUGUUCUUUGGGGGCUUUGGGAUUAUGCUUGGACCCCCUAUCGUAGGGUCAUUCUAUGAUUGGACGCAGUCGUAUGACUUGGCAUUUUACUUCAGUGGGAGCUGUGUGGUGCUUGGAGCCCUCAUCCUUUUUCUGCUCACCCUUCCCUGCUGGAACAGGAGGAAGUGCGAGGGUGAAAGGCCAGAUGUCCAAUACACAAGCAACUGUGAAAAAGUUGCCUCCGUAGCCUGAAAAUGAGGACCUUACAUAUGAACUUUAGCCUCACACACUGCUGCCCAGCAACUGUCUGCUGAUAAACUGUACCUACCCCACCUCUGACAAGACCUUCCCUCCCUUGACUAGGGGAUAUUUUUUCCUUUUUUUUCCUGUGCCAGGUUUCAGAAUACCGAAAUACCUGACAAAUGCUUUGAAAUUCAUAGACCAGGCCUGUUCUCUAUACUCUGCUGGUAUUUCCCAGAGUUCACACAAUCUACUACAGCUGUUUUUAAAGAUUUGACAUAGGCUCAAUGCACAUGUUGAAUUUUUUCUACUAUUGCCUCAUUGUACGAGGUCAGUCCAACGAUAUGGUUCAAAUCUUAGAUUCUGGAUUAUCUAUAUUGGAUCUAUAUUAUUACUUACAGUAAACAAUGGUUUUCUCUUUGUGUCUGCCGGUUUAAAAUUAAGAAACAAGGAGUGAUCAUUGGUACCACUGGGGAGAAAAACAAAACCACUAUGGAUUUGUGAAUAAUUUGGGGUGUUAAUUAAAAGACCACCUUUCAAAUCAGUAUACAUCGUUGUACUGUAUAACCAUGCAAAUUUCCAAUUCCAUACAAAUGGCCCAGGAACCUCACCUGGAAAGAGAAAACAGGGAUUGGAAUGAGGGAGUGCACUUUAAUGUAAUAACUUCUAAUUGUAG